AUGGGGUCCAGACUGAGCAGACAGAGCAGCUUGGACAAUGAGAAUUUCUCCAAGAAGCGCCGCACGCUCUUGGAUAGCACUGGGGAGAGUGAAAGGGGCAAUACCAGGGGCGGAGGGGACUUUCUGUUUGCCUUGAUGCUCAAAUCGGACAAACUGCCCGGGAUGCUGCGCAGGACCAACCACAGUCCGUACAUGCGGCGAGUGGCUUGGAUCAAAGAUAUCCAGAAACUGCUGCGUGAGCGGAGGAUAGAACAGGCGACCGACGUGCUCAAAUUACUGAGAAAGGAUCUGGGACUAGAGGGAGCGUCUUUGAAUGACAUCUUGUACAAAAAUGCUGCUUUUCUAAACCUUGUGGAUCCCAUCUCGCAUGAACUGCUGCUCAGCCUUGCACGAGAGAUGCAAUGCCCCAAAAAGCCAUCAGGAACAAGAAAAUCAAAGGACACAGACACAAUAAAGUCUUCGGAUAAGAUUUGCCGCCAGCUGAUCUACCACCUGACCCCGCACUCCAAGUGGCUGCGGCAGAGCAUGUCCAGACGGAAAUCCCAGGCCUGCCUGAAGACUACCCUCCAGAAGAAACUGGCCAGCGACACGGUUGACCUGUCUGGGAUCCCUCUGUCCUCACGGGAUGUCCGCCAGGUUGCCUUCUACCUCCAAAACAACAGGGACAGUGUUUUAGCUGUGGACAUUAGCUUCACUGAACUCCAGGAUGAUAAUUUAAAGUUUCUGCUUCCACUACUCGGCUCAAUGCCCAAACUAAGCACCCUAGCUUUGAAUGGUAACCGCUUAACCAUAGCUAUACUCAAAGACCUCACUGAAAUGCUCAAAGAUCCCAAACAGUUCACCAGUUUGGCUUGGAUCGAUCUGGGCAACAACGUGGACAUUUUCACCAUGCCCCAGGCGCUGUUGGUCGCACUACGCCGGCGAUGCAGUCUGAAAAGUAGCCUACCCACUAUUUACGAAUACACUGAAGGCCAGCCUUAUUGCUAUCACUUAGAGACGUCUAUAGAAGAACCAAGUCAUUAUGAAGAAGACGAGGAAGAGCAACAGGAUGAAGACAUGGAGCGUAAAGAUGAACCCGAGCCAUGGGGGCAAGGUGAAAAGCAGCUAUCGAAAGACUUCACACUGCACUAUUGUGAAAGGUGA